GGAAGGACCUCAAAUGACUUCUCGAUCUCUGCUUAACUUCCUCUCAUACCUCUUUUAUAUCUUUCCUUCUUAGUUUUUCACCCUGUCUUCCUCUCCCGACACCUUUUAAUUCUCUCGACUAUUUCUGUCCCCUUAUCUCCUUUUCUUCCUCCUUGUCUUUUCCUGUCUGCCUCCUAUGUCUUCUAGGAGCCUUUUUCUGUUGCAUGUUCAUCAAUGCCUUCACAAAUCAGGCAGUGUUCUUUGCUUUUUCUAUCCAGGGGAGUAAACAAUGAAACUAAAUAUAGAAGAAUAACCCAUUUCAGAACCAGAAGCAGAAACUUGCUUGUCCUGACUGAAAGACACAGGAAUGUUGGCCUGGCAACAUGAUUGACUGCGAGGGCCUGAACAGCUGAGCUGCUUCAAUGGCGUGGAAUGAACCACAGUUCCAUCCAGAUCCACAGCCGCUACCAAAACAGACACAGUGCAAUUUUCUAUUUUAUUCAUCCACACUGAUCUUCAUCGUGAUUGGUUACUUUGCUGGUCCCUGUAAUCCUGGUCCAGCAAAGCCUGCCCGUCUUCCACUCCUGUCUGGACAACCUUUCAUUAUCUUCUGGGGGAUCCCAGACUCUUCCUGCAUCGGCCGCCUAAACCCCACAUCUUUUGGUAUGGAACGGGAGGGUCGAGUAGCUGUCUUUUACGAGGAUUCGCUGGGUAACUACCCAUAUUUUCAAGACAAAAACACACCAAUCAACGGAGGGAUUCCACAGUACACACGACUGGAUGGCCAUGUCCAGAAGAUGAAGCAGGACUUGGAGGCGGCUUUACCUGCCCCCAGGUACCUGGGCCUGGGGGUCCUCCGUUGGGCAGAGUGGGUCCCCCAGUGGUCAAGAAACCAAGAAAAACAGACAAUGUACCUGGAGGCAUCCAGGAAACUGCUCAGGAGUUUCUUUCCUAAAUGGACCCCAGAGGAAGUGGAGAAGUGGUCACAGGUGGACUUUGAGGCAGCAGCCCAGUCAGUCAUGGUGGAGACUCUGCGUGAGGUUAAAAGGUUGAGACCCAAGGCAUUGUGGGGUUUCUCUCCUUUCCCUGGCUGCUAUAACAGCGACCCCACCCAAACCCAGUUAGCCAAUUACACCGGCCAGUGCCCUCCUGCAGAGAUGGAUCUCAACGAUGAGCUUCUGUGGCUGUGGAAAAGAAGCUCCGCACUCUUCCCCCUCCUGACCCUGGAGAAGCGGCAGGGCGGGACUGUGGCAGCCAGGUCCUUUUUAUCAAGUCAAAUAAAAGAAGCACUACGAUUAGCAUCUGUGGCUGGAGCAGACUUCGAUCUACCUGUUUUUCCUUUGAUAAAGAGUGUUUAUGCUUCCACUAAAACUUUCUUAUCACAGGCUGACCUCAUCAACACUAUAGGAGAGAGUGCUGCCAUGGGAACUGCAGGAGUUGUCAUCUGGGAUAGAAGUGAAAUGAAAACAGAGAGAGAAUGCCAAGACCUGGCAGUGUUUGUUCGUAAAGUCCUGGGCCCUUACUCCGUCAACGUUACCACUGCAACUCAAUCCUGUUCAGUCUCCCUUUGCCAGGGGAAGGGUCGGUGUGUUCGUCAAAAUCAAGAUAGCUCUGCUUAUCUCCAUCUUCCAGCCCAAUCCAGUGCAGCAGAGAAGGCAACGGAAAAGGCAGAGCGAGCAGAAGCCACCGAACAGCCUGAUGCAGGGACUAAAGCAGCUGAACUGGAUCCAGCUGAGAUCUGGAAAAAAGACUUCCAAUGCCAGUGGUACAAGAGUGCAGAUGUGGAAAUCUCUGAAUGGCAGGCCCCCAAAGACGGGGCGUCUAAUGGAGGAAAAGCUGAUGGAAGUGCUGGAAACACAGCAGAGACCAGAACAGCUUCCGCAACAAGAAGUGCCUCUGAGACUACUUUUGGAGGAAGAGAUUUUGCUGGUACGGGCAGUCAAACAGCUUUACAGGAAGUACAGACAGACAGUGGUACUGAACUGAGUGGCCCAAAGCUACAUGCUUUGCUUCUGCUGCUGGGAGCUGGAUGCUUAUGCCUGUAACCUUAAAGUAAAAACUAACCCAGUCUUCAUCCAGGGGGGUCUGUAGUAUAACUGCGAAUACAAACCACAACAAAGUGACCUUUAAAUAGACUUGUCUCUAACAGCUGUAGGAUUUCUGCUUUGUAACUAAAUUAGGUACCACUUAACAAUAAGUCUCCCCUUAUAGAUUGCUCAUAAAUAGUUUACAGAUAUGUUAUUGAUUAAUCUGUAAACACAUUACAAAUCAUUAAUAAGUGUUUAUUAUGCAUUAAUUAGAGGGGGAGAAAGAGACAAAACUGACUGGUUUCUUGCCAAAUAGUGUGUCAAAUCUGUUCACCUGUAUAUUUAAUGUAGAGUUGCUAUUUUAAACAUUUGAGAAUAAGUUAUCACCUUAUAAACACAAUUUGUAAACAUGUUUGGUAGCGUAUAAUAUAUUCUACUUAAUCAUUGCAUUAUAAAUACUUGAUUUUGUAAUGUGUUAAUUAAUAACAUAUCUGUAAACUAUUAGUGAUCUAUAAGGGGAGCCUUAUUGUAAAGUGGUACCCUAACUUACAUACUUAAUUUUCAAAAAAGGAAUUCAAAUUAUAUUUGGAGCAGAUAUCACUGAAUGUGCCAAGGCACGGUGGUAGAGACCUUAACACUGACAGAAGGGAAGGGAAAGUAAACACCUGUUGAGUAGACUAUGUAAUGUGAAGGUCUAUGCACCAUGGCAGAACUUCAGGAAACAGGUCUUUAUCUCCUCACAUUCAGAUUCUUGUUAAUAUUUGUAUCGGGCUGGUAAUGCCUCUACUUUGCCACCUACAAGUUAUCCAAAAUUCAUUUUAAGAUGUUAUCGCUUUUUAACUCUUCAAGGACUUGCACACCACAGUGUGCUGAUGAUUUAAACAUGCCUAACGAGGAUUUGGGAUUGUUGAACCAACUCUUUUUAUAAGUUCCUAGGUCCUCACUGAAAAGCAAGGAGAAAAGUGCUGCUUCGGUUGCUUCACCAAAGCUCUGGAUCUGUUUCCAAGUUCCUAUUGACCCAGGGUUAUUAACAAUUAAAAAAAACUUAUGAAAUGAAUUGUUCAGCUGUUUUAAAGUGAUGUCUGUGAGGUUAUUAUCACAAUUAAUUCCCUUAGCUGUAGAAGAAAGAGGUCAUAUUGUAGUGGGUUUAGGGAUAAGUGAAGAAAUCCCGAGCGGCAGAAGGCUAACUGCUAUUCAGACUAUGUUUUAUUUUCAUUUAUUGUGUUGUUUCAUAUGGCCUGUCUCUGCAUUUCAGGCAUAACACAUGAAGAGUUGGUUGCCUACAUGCCAGUAUUUGUAUGACCUUAGGUCAUUUGGAUGAUGUGUAAAGGUGUGUGUGUGUGCGUAUGCGUAUGUAAAUCUAUUCCUUGGAGGUACAAUGUUGGGUGAAAAGGGCAGAAACCCUACAACACUCAGCUCCUAAGAGUAACACUGGGCCCCUGAAAGCUGCAGCAGCCCCAGGCAGACAGACACAAGGCACCUCCACAGGAUAGACCUGACAUAGAGGUAGGUUCACAGAGAAACACAGAAGCAGCAGUCUCCAGGUCAAAGGGGCAAAGAGACCCACUCCAGCAACGUCCCGCACUGCAGGCCAAGCCCAGAGCCUGGUCGUCCCUGCAGCUGGACACACCCCCAAAAGCCCCCGAAUCCAAGACUGCCUAGUACAAAUAGAGGUACAACCAGGGCACUGUAACACAAAUGUUGUUCAGCUGAAAAAAUAUCAGCAAACAUAGUUAAUAUAGCGUUGAAGCCCAUAGACCAGGAGAACUCUUUACACAACUGAAUGCGCACAAAGAGAAAGUAAAAGUACAGUCUUUUUGAGGAUAGAUACCGAAUAGAUAUUUUACUGAAUGAAUUGGAAAUUCUUUUAUCUAAUACUACAAAGAAUGAGUUUCAACAGCAAAUCAAUAGACAUAAUAAAAAUAACAUAUAAUGAACCCACAGCUAGAUUAAAGAUAAAUGGAAGCCUGACUGGAACAGUUUAUUAAGAUCAAAUUCAAGGCAUCAUCCCUGUCAAGGUAUAAGACAAAAUGCAGUAACGAAUAACUGGGGUGUCGAGGAGACAAUGGACUACAAUAGCAGAGGACAUAUUUUCAAGGGAAAAACACAAAGGAUGAAAUUACAAGAACCAGAAAUGGACAAAAAAAAUGGACAAGUUACAUGAAGGCAUGAAUCAAGUAAAAGGUAUCGCUCCAAGGUAAAUCUUUCCUUUUAGUAGAAUGUAACCACUCAAUAACUCGAUAACAAAACAUAGGUAAGGGGGAGUCAGUCUGACUAACUGCUAGCCUUCAACACUGAGGACUUUUCUUUUCUACAGAUUUUAUGCAAUAUGACAUAUGAACUACAAGUAUGGGGAUUAUUAGUAUAAAUUUAUUUUGUCUGUACAAAACUAUACUGGAUUUGAGGUUGUUGUAAAUGUGCUUUAAAAACCAAAUAAAUAAAAUGAAAAAAUAUUUUAAAAAGGGGGCUCAAACAAACAUGCAGCGGCAUUUACAUAUACUAAUAAAGAUAUCUAGUGUCAUUAUACAUUAUAAAUACAGAGGUUUAAAUGAAUUCAUUUGUUUUCUAGAUAUUAUGUUAUUACUGAAGGUGAUCUCAAUGACAUGUCAUUGGCAGAGAGGCAGGUCACACGAUGGAUAGAUCAUCAGCCUGUCACAGAAAAACAACUUUCAUGGCUCACUUACUCCAAAGUUAAAUUUAGCAUCACUAAUGAACUAAUGUUGAGAGUAAGCUGGCAUUUCCAGAGUAGACUUAAAUCAAGGGGCAUUCUAAUUCUGACAGCCAGUAAUAAACAGUUCAGAUGUUAAAGUCAUACAAUGCGAACAUCUGACACCCCAGGGCUACAGAUUUUGCAUAACUGCGUAUAAGGUGCAUAAAAAAGGCUCGUCUAUUAAAAAAAUACUGAAUUUCUAAGAUCUCUGGCCUCCCCUGCCUGACUUUUGGUGAAACUACACCGGGACCUUGUUGAAACAUCAGCGGAAGCAGGUGUAGAUAGUAAACAGUUUCAGUACGGUGUACAACAGAUCAUCAGUUAUGCAAAAAACUGAAGAAAAAAAAAAUGUUCUGAGUCUGGUCCGUCAACACGGUCACACGCUCCUCGAGGGACAACAUUGUUAAGGAAAAGGCUAAAUGUUUAAAUGUUAUUUAUUCUUUCAUUUUAACAUAAA